UUCCAUAGCCGGAUCGUGAGCUCGGGGCUGGCCCCUCCCUUCGUUGCGGCCUCGCGGCUCGGUGGCAACUGGCUACGCUGAGCCUUUGCCGCCGGAAACGGUGAAACGUGAACCGAACAACGGACACGCUGCGGGCGCUCAAGUGGAGCGCGGUGGAGGCGGCAGGGCCUGCCGGGAGCCCCGGGCCUGCCGGGAGCCCCGGGCCCGCCUCUCCUUCUCGUGGUGCCGCCCUCUCGCUCUCGUCGCUGUGUUCGUAGGCCGGCGGCGGGCCCGGCGGCCAGCCGCGGGAGUUGGGCCUUUGUAGGCGGCGGCGGUAUGCGGUCCGUCAGCUAUGUGCAAUGCGUAGCGCUGGACUUCGCCGGCAGCCUCUUUCCGCACGCCAUCUGCCUUGGGGAUGCCGACAACGACACGGUCCGGAGGCGGGGGGUGACUGCUGGACGCGGGCAGGCGCUGAACGAACUAGUCGUGGGAGACACCAGUGGGAAACUCUAUGUUUACAAGAAUGAUGACAGCAAACCCUGGGCUGUGCGAUCUUGCCAAGGAAUGCUCACAUGUGUUGGUGUGGGAGAUGUAUGUAAUAAAGGAAAGAAUCUCGUGGUGGCAGUGAGUGCAGAAGGCUGGUUUCAUCUUUUUGACCUAACUUCUCCAACUUCAAAACACCUAGAUGCUUCAGGCCACCAUGAGUUGGCAGCAUCAGAAGAACAGAAGCCGGUGUUCAAGCAGCACAUUCCUGCCAACACCAAGGUCAUGCUGAUCAGUGACAUUGAUGGAGAUGGAAAGUGCGAGCUGGUGGUGGGUUACACAGACAGAGUGGUACGUGCCUUCCGCUGGGAGGACUUGUCAGAAAGUUCUGACCAUGUCUCUGGGCAGCUGCUCCUCUUGAAGAAAUGGCUGCUAGAAGGUCAGGUGGACAGCCUCUCCGUGAACCCAGGCCCUGAUGGCUCACGAGAAUUGAUGGUGUCUCAGCCAGGCUGUGGUUAUGCCAUUCUGCUGUGCACCUGGGACUCUGAGCAGCAGGCCGCAGCAGAGGGAAGAGACAGCACUGCUUCAAACAGUGAGGUCCCUGUUCGAGAUGUUAUUCUACACCAAACAUCUGGACGGAUUCACAACAAGAAUGUUUCCACUCAUCUAAUUGGUAGCAUUGGCCGAGGCUGCUCCAGUGAGGAUAGUGGCUCAGGUCUCUUUGCCCUUUGUACUCUGGAUGGGACGUUGAAACUCAUGGAGGGAGCAGACAAGCUGCUCUGGUCAGUGCAGGUUGAUCACCAGCUGUUUGCUCUGGAAAAACUGGAUGUUACCGGCAAUGGGCAUGAGGAGGUGAUUGCCUGUGCCUGGGAUGGUCAGACCUACAUCAUUGAUCACAAUCGGACUGUUGCCAGGUUUCAAGCAGAUGAGAAUGUCAGUGCGUUCUGUGCAGGUCUCUAUGCAUGCAAAGGAGCAAGCAACAGCCCUUGCCUGGUUUAUGUCAGCUUCAGUCAGAAGAUCUACAUCUAUUGGGAUGUGCAGCUGGAGAGAAUGGAGUCCACUAACCUAUUGAAAAUACUGGAUCGAGACCCAGAGUUUGGAAGUCUCUUGCAGCAACUGGGUGUUGAAAGAAGUGAUGUUUCUGCUGUCAGAGAUCUGAUUCACAAAACAUUGUAUUUUCCUGAGAAACAUCAGCAGAGCAGCCCCUCACAAUGUCAGGAUCCUGCUGGAGCAGACUCCUAACCACCACACUGUCACCCAGGAUUCCAUAUAGCAAGUUAUAUGGAGGCUUAAGAUGUUUAAUACUGGCACAAACUCUUCUCUGACUGGAACUGGAUGUCUAAUAAAGAUGAGGCUGUUCUUUUCCUA